AUGAAAGCUGUUAUCCUGCUAGUGCUGCUCACAACGUUUUUGGUGUUGACACAAGCUGGGCAAACAUAUUCAUCCUCUGUCAACCUACAAUUGCAACGUCCACGUCAGUUCUUGAUGGACGUCUACACUCGGCCAAACAGAAAGGGGUUAGUGCAACAUAUGAGAUUAGAGCCAGGAGCAGCUUUUACACGGCCCUGUUGGAACUUGCAGUCAAGACAUGUUGGAUCUGUAACGUUAAAUGAUCCAUUUGUCAAAGUUUCAUUCUAUAGGGCAGCUGAUUGCAAUGGAUUCGCAAUUAACACUUUCCACGGUUCUGAAACCCUCCCUGGAGGUGGCAAAUACACCUCAAUUAUCAAGGCAAAGUCAGUUUCUAUAACAAGAAUAAGGCCCAUUUUAUUACAGGACACGGACCGAUUCUAUGAAGCUUCUGUGUAG